AUGCUAAAGGAACUGAAUUUCUAUCAAAAUGAAACCACCUCAAGAGAUUGGAACAAUUACAGCAAAGCGGUAGACAUUAAUCUCAGUACAUGGUAUUCUAUAUUACAGUUAAGUGUUCGAGGGAAAAACAAAAAGGAAAAACUGGAAGAUUUCUUCAAAAGUGUAGUGAAAUCAGCCGAUGGCGUCAUUGUCUCUGGUACAAAGGAUGUGGACGAUUUCUUUGAUCACGAGCGGACCUUCCUUGUUGAAUAUCACAACAGAGUAAAGGAUGCGAGUGCAAAGUCGGACAAGAUGACAAGAUCCCACAAAUGUGUAGCUGACGACUAUAACAGAAUAGGCUCCUCCAUGUACACGUUGGGAACCCAGGAUAACACUGAUAUAUGCAAAUUUUUCCUACGAGUGUCUGAGUUGUUCGACAAGACCCGUAAAAUUGAGGCCCGGAUAUCAGCUGAUGAAGAUCUCAAGCUGUCCGAUCUUCUGAAAUAUUAUUUAAGGGAAUCACAAGCUGCUAAGGAUCUCUUGUACAGACGAUCCCGCUCUUUGGUAGAUUAUGAAAAUGCUAAUAAAGCACUAGAUAAAGCGAGGGCUAAAAACAAGGAUGUCCUGUCCGCAGAAACCACUCAGCAGUUGUGCUGCCAGAAGUUUGAGAAGAUCUCAGAAUCUGCUAAACAAGAAUUGACGGACUUUAAAACAAGAAGAGUUGCUGCUUUUCGUAAAAAUCUAGUCGAGCUUGCUGAACUGGAACUGAAGCACGCCAAGGGUAAUUUGCAGCUGCUGCAGAGCUGCUUGGCUGUGUUAAACGGUAAACCAUAGAGCACACUCCGUCCUAAUCUGGGAGUUAACCAGACCCUCCUGUCACCUCCAAGAGCUGCCACAUUUUCCAUGGAUUGGUCAGAUGGGAAUUCCUAGCUCCAGAGGAUGACCCCAUACAGACAUUGGGCUACCUCCAUGUUAGAAAGAGCACUGUGUUGCAAAGCCCACACUUGGUGUAUCCACAUGUACCUUUAUUUAGUCAUUGUACGCUUUCUAGUACGUCACAGAUACAAUCGUCCUUUUUUUUUUUUUUGGGAUGAAAUUAAGCAAUUAAAUGUGUAAUGAAUUGUAUGACAUAAUGCCAAUCUUAUUUAGCAAUGUAUGUUACACUUGGAUGAUGUUCGACAUUCACGGUUCGAAUGGAUUAACAUUGCCAUUAGUCGUUCACGGUCGCAUACCUUGUCCGAGUUCCAUGUAAUGAUUUUCGAUGUUUUGUAAGCCUCCGUUAUCUUGAUUUCCUGAACUAUAUAUUUUUUUUAAUUAAACAUUUUCUUAGAUAUUUCAGAGCGUUCCAAUUAUCUUUUUAAAUAUUCAGUUCAUAACGCUAAUGCAUCAGUAUGUAUGCCUUAACUUGUAGACUUCUCCAAUAUUGUAAAAUAAACUGUGAAUCCAAUGAU